UCAAGUGCAGACGCAAGGAAGAAGAUGAACAGAAGUGAUCCUCCAAAUUCAGGGCUGCUCUCUGACCUGAGGAUAGUUUUGGUGGGGAAGACUGGAGCAGGGAAGAGUGCAACAGGAAACACCAUCCUUGGGAAGGAAGAUGCGUUCAAUGCAGAGGCUUCUCCAGUGUCUGUCACUGCAGAGACUAAGAAGGAGACUUUAAAAUUGGAUGGGAGGAAGAUUGAAGUCAUCGACACCCCAGGGCUCUUUGACACAUCAGUGGAUGCAGUGACGAUGAAGGGAGAAAUAGAAAAGUGUAUUGAGAAGUCAGUCCCAGGACCCCACGCCUUCCUGCUGGUGAUCAGACUGGGGAGGUUCACAGAGGAGGAGCAGAACACUGUGAAGUGGAUCCAGGAGAACUUUGGAGAAGAAGCCUCAAAGUACACCAUCAUUCUGUUCACUGGUGAAGAUCAGUUAAAUGAUAAAUCAGUCAAUGAGUUCCUUAAAGAUAGCAAAGAGCUUCAGGGACUCAUCAAGGAAAAUGGAGACAGAUACCAUUCAUUAACGAUACCACCUCUCAUUAACGAUGGCAGAUGUGACCGUACUCAGGUCUCAGAGCUGCUGAGGAAGAUAGAGAAGAUGGUGGAGGAGAGCACUACACCCAUGAGAUGUACCAGAAGGCUCAGAAAUGGUUGAAAACCCCACACAUCAUCAAGAUGGUUUUGACAGUUUUAGAAACAUUCAGAAAUAAAACGAAAUCAGUGAUUUCAAGUCCAGGACGUUUUUUGAAACGAAUGGAAGAGGAUUUGACACAACAGUUUAAAUAUUCAACUCAAGUAAUGGUAGCAAAGGCUCUGAAAUGGGUGAUAGGGGCAGUGGUAUUCCUGGUAGUGUGGCAGGCAGCAGAAGCCCCCAACUGGGAAGAUGCAUUGUGGUCCUUGACAAGAAGACUAGUAUUUCUAUGUGUAGUUCUGUCUCUAUAUGCAGUCUAUUGUUGGUGGACUGGGAAGAUAGACAGACUAAAAAGAAGGUGAAUAUCCAGGGAGAGGUCAAAAAAUGUAGUGUUUCAAUAGAGCAAGGUUAUAAAGAACUUGUAGAUAAAGGUAGAUAGGAUAAAGGAAUGAUUAUGUUGGUGGCAGCAUCACACACUGAAAGAACUGGUAGGCUCCCAGAUAUCAUUCAUUCUUAGGUCUAAAUCAGUGGUUUUCAAACCUCUCCUCGGGGACCCCCAGAUUUUUCACAAUAUUGUUGUAGUCCUGAACUAGCUAACCUGAUUCACAUAAUGAAGAGCUUGAUAACCAGUUGACAAGUACAUGGAACAGCUGGGGGUCCCGGAGGAGAGGCUUGAAAAUCCCUGUUCCAAAUGUCUGUAUUCAUUUUCUACAAAUGCAUUCAAUAGAACUGUGUCAAUUUUAUUAGAAUAAUUUAAAAAAUGAAUUGUGUCAUGUAUGUGUCCUUUACAGUAUACUACAUCCCAUUUAU